UGUAGUUCUUCAAACUGCAUUGGGUUAAGGUUAGUAGAAGCGCGUGGAAGUUGAAGUGAAAGUCCGUGUGCGUCUAACCUCACAUUUUCUUGCGUUUUGCGUUUAUGAACCUGAGAACACCUGCUGUAAUGUCCACAUAGAUGUGCGAGAAACCUAUUUUGUGUGAUACAAAGUCCUCGAGCGGGAAUAUGGAUUCUGUACAUUGCUGGAAUGGAGCAAAAGGUGACCAGAUCCCCACUAGGGCUAGACCCAUGUCAGACACCUUAUCCAAACUGGCCCAACUGAUCACUUGCAUCGAGUACAAACCAAAACAACAGCGGUCUUCCUCCAUCUGCAAAGACUGUGGCAACAAAUUCUCUGACCAGAAGAGUCUUGAGCAUCACCAGAAAAGAGAGCACGCCCUGCAGAAGCUCCAUUGCUGUCAACACUGUGGCCAAAAAUUUGCUUUGCUCUCUAGUUUGCAGCUACACAAAUGUUCUCGCACCUCAUCCAUGUGCCAGACAUGCAUGGGGAAAUCUCAGAGGGGUUCUUCUUGCCCUUCCUGCGGGACUGAAUCUUCAGAAGUUCCCUUCUAUCAUGACAAUAGCCCCUAUGCGUGCGCUCCAUGCGGACAAGCCUUCAGCCACAAGCAAGAGCUGCUACUCCACCAGCAGGCUGGAGGCUGUGAGCCCGCCAAGACUCUCAAACCUCCUCCACCUUCAGAUGUCUCCUCGCCUCCGUCUCCUCCAAGCGCCAACUCAUCUCUUACCACAUGCACUUUGUGUCACAGAAAGUUCCAUUCUUCUGCUGGACUUGGUUGCCACAUGCGCUUUUCCCAUGCGCACAUGAAAAGCAGCACAGAGAAGAAAAGAGUUGUCAUUGUAAGUACAUUGAAGAAGAAGAAGAAGAAAGUUCUCAUCUCAAGUUCGUCGUUUCCAUGCCGUUCCUGUGACGAAUCAUUUCCUAAGAUAUCACUCCUCCAUCAGCACAGGAAAGAGGAACACCGGCGGGAGAUAAAGGUGAGGAAACUGCAGCGAACCUCUUUGAAGACCACCAGGCGAAGGCGAAAAGGUGAAACAUAUCCAUGCCUCCAUUGCGGAAAAGAGUUCCUGCACCAUCUGACGCGUCUGGCGCAUUUUAGACACUACAGCUCUCACCAUGAGACCCACCUCAAAUUGAGUGGCAAAUCAUCCGGCGCUGACGCAGCUGGGUUCCGCCCAAAGGCAGCUAAGCAGCUCAGACCUUCCCAAGAAAAAAGACCAAGAGGUAGACCUAGGACCAAAAAUCUACCUGUUUUGAUGGAAACCAAGCACAAGGAAGAAGAGCAAAUGGAUAAGCAGGAUGAUAGUGAUGAAGACGAGGAUGCCGAGUAUCCUUGUACGUCAUGCGACCAGGUCUUUAGCUCCAAAGCUAAGCUGCAUGUCCAUGAGAAAGUCCAUGAGGAAUUCCCUGAGGAAGUCCCUGAGGAACACACUCAACCAGCCGACACAUGCAGGUGCUGUAGUGUGUGUACAGGUGGGAUUCCCCUCGCUGAGAUUCCAGAAGAUUGUGAAAAGAAAGUCUAUCACUGUGUGCCAUGUGCCGAGGCGUUCAUAGCUCUGAACACUUUUCUAGAGCACUGCCAGACACAUCUGAUACGUGAAAAUGAAGAUGAAUUCAGUGAGGAUUGAAAGAGCUUCCAUUUUUUUAAGGAAUUGUUCACUAAAAAAAAAAAAAAAAUCUAAUUUUCUCACCAUCAUAUUCUAAUCAUGUUAACU